CCUCACGUGACAGAAUUGCCCGUGCACAGAGACACCGGCGGCAGCAGCAGAAACAAUGUCAGCCUCAGAGUUGUGGAAAUACUUCAAAAUUAAUGAUGACCACACACACAUUGCGAACUGCAUGCUCUCAAUCACAAUUCGUUAUCGAUUAGUGAAGGCGGGAUAGGCGGAAUCGCGCUGAAUGACACAGACCUCUCUCUCGCGCGCGAUCCCAGUUCUCUCAGACAGCGCGCGAUCAGUUCUCCUUGCGCCUGAAUGGUCAAAUGCACACAUAGUUGUCAAAGGCCACGUUCACACUGUCAGUUUUUGGGAUUGACAACCGCAUUUACUUACAGGUGUGAGUCUUGAAAUGUCUCGUUCACACAGCAACUUACAGUAGCGUCUGGAACACUGCCUGUAUGAACGUGCAACGAGAGUCAAGCCCGUAUUCUCUUACUAGUAACCAUAACGACAGUGACCAACGUAAUAUUAAAGAUGGCGACGUCCAUAAAACUGAAAAGUCUCAUCACUUUUGACAUGACAAGAGACCAACUGAACCGCGAGUGUAUCCAUUCAAACUUCAUUAACCAACAGCAGCAUGUAAACACGUGAUAGCCGGAGUGUUUAACCGUUGCACUAGCGUGUCACAUCCUUUGAGACGUCUCGCGCAUGACACGGCAUUUGAAUUUGGAAAAGAAACACAAAACUGACGCUCCGGUGGAGAACAGUGACUGGAUCUAACACCUUAAGAUGACGCACGGCUCGUAUCUCUGUUGAUGUAAGUUACCGAAAGCGAAACCACACACAAAACACCUUAGAAGAGCGGUAUGAUGUGAGAAACAACUAGUCGUCUAGUCCUGUUCCGUUCACACAGCGCGAAUAUUCCGAGAAUGCGGUUGUGAGUCCUGAGAAUUUAAGGGUGUGAGUUCGGUUAUAGAAUGCGGUUGUCACACCCGUAAAUAACCGUACGGUGUGUGAACGUAACCAAAAUGUCCAUCGUAUGGAGUAUCUCACGUAAAUACAGUCGGUUAUGGCUUAAGUGGACGUAAACAUUUGGGUGAAAACGGUAUGUGUCAGUAUCCAUGGAUUCGGUCUUAAACUGACCGUAGCCUAUAUUUGUCAUUGAUGUUAAUAAAACAACAAAAAUAUGUUAAAUAAAUGUAUACAUGGUAAAUAAACCUACUGUAUCUGAAAAACUAUUUUUUUUUAUUUUAUUUGUAUCUCUAUAGUAUUUGUUGUAUUGUUUAAUUUGUAAAUUUCUUUUUAUAUAACAACAAUUAUUGGUAAUUAUUCCCUUUGAAGGUUAUUGGAUACUGUGAAAUUUUUGUUCUUUAAGUUUGUGACAAGCACAUAAAAAUUAUUACUUUUUUCAUUAGAGUAAUAAUAAAGAAGCUGUCCUACAUUAAUUAGUCUCACUGUGUUGUGCUUGGAAAACGGCAACAUCAAAAAAAAAAAAAAAGAGAGAGAGAGAGAGAGAAAUUAAUAAACGUAUAAGUAUCUGCGAGUACUAGGAAAAAAGUAUCGGUACUCGUACUCGGUCCUUAAAAUGGUAUUGGUGCAUCCCUAACUGUAAUCAUGUGACAAAAAAAAAAUAAGGAAAAGUACUGAUAACUGUAAUCUGAAAAAACUAAAUGUUUCAGUUUCACUGGGAGAUUUUCUCUUGAGGUUUUGCAGUUUAACCGCUUGGCUUGAUUAUCAUUUAUAUUGAGUUUCUUUAGUAAUCACUAAUAAAUGCAACUUAAACUAUUUUUGUUUUCCUCUGAAACAGACAUUUAUCACUGAACAGACCGACGAAUAUUGCAUUUGGGCAAAUGCCUCACAGCACUAAAUGUGAGCGAAGCGAAACUUACUCUGUUACUAAAUGUGGAAAAAGGAAAUGGAAGAUAUGAGUAAGUUAGACGUGGUGGAUAAGGAACUUACGAACUUUACUACUAUGGUGAAGGUGAUGACUAUGAAUAUUAACAAACGUAAUGUUACGUAAGCCUCUGGAAGUAGAUACUGAAUUGUUGACGUUAGAAAGUGGGCGGUAAUCGGGGGUUGCAGUCUUUUCGUGCGGUGUAGCAGUGGCUUAUGAAUAUUAAGUAGGUGACGCGCAUCCUUUAAGGUGACGCAAUAAAUAUUAAUGAGCCAGGCAUUCUUCGCCAUUAGUACGAUUCGUGAAGGCUGGUGGUGGUGAUGACUAAAAGUAAAAGAAGAAAACAAGACCACCAUCACAAGUGACAGCCACAAGCAGGAAAUUCUCGCGUUCAAGAACCACGUAAAGCAAUAUAGAGCUGACUAAAAAAAGAUUUACACAUUAAAGAAGAAAAAGAUAAUAAAUUCAGUUAAAACACGGAGGGUUCUUUAAAAUGUCUGGAGCAGAGUUUGACAGGGAGUUUCUGUACAACUUACCCGCGUCUGUUAUGAGUCACUUUACACGGGUUAUGGACUCACUUUCACACUCAGACUGGAUAUUAUUUGCUUCACAUGUAAUAUCUGAUCAGACUGAACUACGCCUUUUGGAGCAAAGCCCCAGACGCACAGACAUCCUCAUGCACAAAUGGGGCUGUCGUAACGGGACGGUUGGAGAACUGGUGCAGAUUCUUGAAGGCUUGCAGUGGUUUCGGCCCCGUGAUAUCAUCCUUGGAUGUAGACGUAUACCGCAGUCUCGUUUGGAGCGGCGGUCACCUUCACCGGUGCCACCAGCCACGGCAUGUCAAACCAGUACAGUCAGCUUUAUCAAAGAGUUUCUCCCUGUCCACGAAAUCAGGCCUCUACCGAAGCCUAGCCCUCCACCACCCGAUCUGGACUCCAUCAAUUCAAGAACCUCAAAUAUAGCCGAAAAGUGCCCAUGUAAGAACCAGGUGGAUCCCCCGCCUCUUUACUCCACUGCGAUGAGUUGGCCGUUUGAAGAAAUACAGAGAGGCACAUGCAAUUUUUCCCCGUGCAAGCAGAUUGGAGAAGGAGGUUUCGGGCACGUGUAUCAAGCUGUGAUGAGAAACACAGAGUUUGCUGUGAAGAAGCUGAAAGAGGACUCUCAUUUGGAUUGGGAUGUCGUGAAGGAAAGUUUCAGAACGGAAGUGGAAAAACUUUCACAAUACAGGCAUCCCAACAUAAUGGACUUUGUUGGCUACAGUAUAGACAGACAAAUUUAUUGUCUCAUAUAUGUUUAUAUGCCGAAUGGCUCUUUAGAAGACCGACUACGCUGUGAGGACAGCAUCGCCCUCUCUUGGUUACAGCGUGUAAAUGUGUUACUGGGCACUGCAAAAGCUAUUCAAUACCUGCAUUCUUGCUCACCUGCACUUAUUCAUGGAGAUAUCAAGAGCUCUAACAUCCUUUUAGGGGAUCACCUGGAGCCCAAGCUGGGGGACUUUGGUUUGGCGCGUUUCUGUCGGAGCCCCAGCAAAACCCCAGGCAAGACGUCCACUGUGGCUCACACUGCAACGGUACGAGGAACUCUCGCAUACCUCCCAGAAGAAUACCUGAAGGAUGGACAGCUAGGUGUGGAGAUCGAUGUCUACAGCUUUGGAGUGGUCAUGCUAGAGGUACUUACUGGACGGCAGGCUCUUGAGGUCGAUGGCCAGUCGAAAACUGUUUACUUGAAAGAUCUGGUUAAAGAGGAAGAAGAUGAUGGGAGAAGCUUCAGCAAAGGGAAGCACUCACGGGAGCUGUCCUAUGUUAACGCAGCAGAGAACAUCUGCAGGAAACAUCUGGAUCCACAAUUGAUGACUAAAGACACAUCUACCCCUCAUGGAUCAAUGGAAAUUUCUCAAAUGGCAUGUCGAUGUUUAGAACGACGGAGGAAGAAGAGGCCUCCUAUGACGGAAGUGUUUAAAGCACUUCAAGAUGUGCAUUCAGGGUUGAAGACCUCUGGCAGAUCGACCACGGUCAGAAUAUCUCCUGCAUCAUCUCAUCCAUCCACCCCUGAGCCUCUGCGCUCCGACAACAGCUCUCUGGACUCUCUCGCCCAUCAGUUCUCCAAACUCCACCCUCAAGAGAACACGUACCCCUGCCUUCAAAAGCCUACCUUUCCCACUUUGAACUCUGUAAUGACUCAGUCUAGCUGCUCAGUGUCAGAGUUAAAUGCUGAAUCAUGGGCUUCACAGUCCUCUGGCAUGCCAUGUGAAUCAGAUGAGAGUCAAGGCUUUUCUCAAUACUUGACAAGUCACUGUAGCAGACCUCAGUCGACAUCAUGUGGGGCCUGUGGUGUUCAGAGCACUGAAAUAAGCAGUUCUUUAGAGGAAAACCCAUCACAGUCCAGUCCGAAUGGAGAUUUUUCUGACCAGAAAGCAUUUAUCAACCCCGUAAGGCAGCGACUGGUCCAGAAAAUCGAGCUUUAUGAAGAGGGGAGGAUUUUAACUUCUGAUCUGCUAUCAUCAGGCAACUCAUUAUACCGAGGGAUGAACGCUCAAACAAGGGAGCCAGAAGAGAGUGAUGAGUUUGCAAGUGAGACAUCUGGACCUGCUGCAGUUUAACACUGGAUGUUUGGAAGAAAGUGCACAACAGUUGUUAAAAUAUUAUUCAAAAUAUUCAUUAAUUUCUUUAUGGUACUUUUUUUUACGGUUAUGGUAGAAAAAAUACCUCCAUAAAUACCUCGGCCAAAGCUUUUUUGUUUGUUUGAUGGUAAUAGCAAGUGAAAAGUGGUACAGAUAAUGAAAGCUCUGAAGUUGUAAACCUGUGAAUCUUGACUGACAAGUCAAAGGCAAAGAUAUAAAAGUGCAUAAUUUAUUGUUAUACGCCUGUUAUUUUGGCGAUCAAAUGUCUGUCUGUUGUUUUUGGCUUAGUUUUCAGAGGCAUAUUGCUUUUAAUAGCAUAAAGUCAAGUUUAUGGAUUAUGGCCAAAACACUUACAUGUAUGAGAGUACUAUUUAACAUUAAUGACUAAUCUUCUAUGGUACUAACUGGUGAUUGUUAUAUAAAUUGAACUGAACAUUUAGCCCGUGCAAUUUUCAUUAUGCACAAUUUAUUUUUAUUUUUAAUUGUCAGCAAAACUACAGCAAUACCGAAACAGCUUUAUUUGAAACAGUUUUUGUUUCUGUCAGAGGCCUAUUUAGCCCGUUGCUUUUUAAAGGUCCGUGUAUUUCCCGUUUCUCAAACUGUUCCAAAAAGCUUCUCUUUUUUUUAGUCUUAAUUUUGUGAUUGGCAGAAUCUAAACUGAAUUCUUGAUUUUGCUUACGUUAUUGGUUAUUGUAUACACACUGACUUGUAAAAUGUUUUACUUGAAAAAUUGUUCUCAGAUGAAUCUAUUUAAUCUGUUCUUUGGAAAGAAAAAGUUUAGGUCAUUAAUCAAAACACUGGGUUUUUGUCAAUGGAAUACAACUCCCAUGUGUGUUGUUGAGUGUUUUAUAAGCAUAUACUAUUUACAUGAAUCUGAUCAUUUUUUCAUGCAGAGAUCAUGAAUAUUAGAGAAAUCAUCAUGUUAGAGUUAAAGGAGAAAUGACUGUGUUUACCAUAGUUACAUGUUAAAAAUAUUAUAUAUUUUACCUUAUUUCUGUAUGUAGGCUAUAUGUUCUAUAAUGUAAGUUUAUAUGUCCUAAGGGUUGAUUUUUAUUAAAACUAACAAAUUUCCACCUUUUUAUAUUUUUAUUGUAUGAAGAUCACAAAACUUGCUAACUUUUUUGUGCCUUAAUAAUUUAUUUUUGUCCCCUUGUCCCAGACCCAAACUUUCAAUGUGUCAAAACUAUGUUGUUAUAGUUUUAAACAUGUAAUUCUCUAAACAUAUUGAAAUAAACUAUUUCAUUAUU